AUGGAACUAAUCUCCCACUUCAUCAAUAGGUGGGCCAGUGGUGCUACAUAUCCAGUAAUAGUGUCAACAUUUUUACGACCAAAACCGUUUAGACUUGAAAAGAUUCGUUGUAACUACGACAAUACUAGGAAAAAUAUUAUUUUAACAAAAGAUACUAAAGUAAUAGUUCAGGGUUUUACUGGAAAAAGUGGUACGAUACAUAGUAAAUUGUGUUUGGAAUAUGGAACUCGUAUAGUAGGAGGUAUCAAUCCAAAAAAAGGCGGACAAAAACAUCUUGAUUUACCAAUUUUUCCUUCGGUCAAAGAGGCAAAGAAAGCUGUUAACCCCGAUGCCAGUAUAAUUUUCGUACCGCCACCUAAUGCAGCGCAAGCAAUCAUCGAAUCGGUGGUAGAAGAAAUUCCAUUGAUUGUAGUAAUUACUGACGGGAUACCUCAACAUGAUAUGGUAAAAGUGAAGCAUGCUUUAGUAUUUCAGGAAAAAUCUAGAGUUAUCGGUCCUAAUUGUCCAGGUGUUAUAGCAUCAGGAAAAUGUAAAAUUGGAAUAAUGCCCAACGCCAUUCACAAAGAAGGAAUCGUCGGUAUAGUUUCCAGAUCAGGUACAUUAACUUACGAAGCUGUCAAUCAAACUAGCAUCCUUGGAUUAGGACAAACACUAGUUGUUGGAAUUGGUGGAGAUCCUUUCAAUGGAACUAAUUUCAUCGAUGUAUUAGAAAUUUUUUUGAAAGAUCCAAAUACCAAAGGAAUUAUUAUAAUCGGUGAAAUCGGUGGAGUACAAGAAGAACAAGCUGCUGAAUAUUUGAAAAAGCAUAAUGGUGGUCCUAAUGCUAAACCUGUAGUUGGUUACAUCGCUGGUCUGAGCGCACCUCCUGGUAGAAGAAUGGGACACGCAGGAGCUAUAAUUGCAGAUGGCAAAGGCAAAGCCACCGAUAAAAUUAAAGCCUUGGAAUCGGUUGGAGUUACAAUUACAAGUGUUUUAACUGAAAUCGGGAAAACUAUGUACGAAGUAAUGAAGCAAAGAAAAUUAACAUAA